AUGGCCACGGAAACGGCGGAGUUUCUGCAGCGCAAGCGGCAGAUCUUGGCGUCGCUGGAUCGAAGCCCCAAAGGCUCUUUGGAUGCGCCCAUCGUUGACUUCUUGAGUUGGCUCAAUGAGCAGGAGGGGGUCGUGACGACCUCCUCGUGCAGCGGCCGCAUCGCCAUCUUCCACGGCUCGGCUGACUUGAACAACUCCAAAGGGGGUCAGUGGUUGCUGGCCAGCCAUGCGCUGGUGGACGUCCCUGAGACCUGGGCACAACUGCAACAGUCGUUGGAGGGCCAGAGCGAUGCUACUGGUACCUUGACCACCCUGUUGCUGGAGCCCUUCGUUUUGCAUGCGGAAUGUGUUGAUGCCACCUUGGGGCAGACGAUGCUGAGUGCCGCGCGGGAGGCGGGCUUCCGCGAGAGUGGCCUCAGCCUGGGUCGCAAGCGCGUCAUGGUGCAGAUCCGGACCUUAGCCCUGCGCUUGGAAGUGCCUUUGGCCAGUGAUGGUCGACUCCUGGUGGAUGGAAACUACUUCCAGACGCUGCUGGAGAUCGCGAAUCGCCGCCUCGAGGAGAACUUUGCGCGCACGCAGCGGCUCUGGGCACAGCUGCGGGAGGCCCUGCAACGGACAGAGGCCACCCCUGCUGAGCCGUGGGUGUUGAUUUGCGCGUCAUCGCUAGCGCGUGGGGUGAAGCUGGCUCUAGAGGCCCGGGCUUGGAUGGACACAGAUCGCAAGAUGCAGAAGCUAGAAGGUGCAGAGAGCAAGAUAGGCGUUCCGUUGACCAUGGAGGCGGCCGAGCACUUUCAGGCGCUGGCAGCGAGCCGCGCUGAGGCCUCGGAUCAGAUGGCUCGGGAGCCGGCGGAUGUGGAUCAAGAGAAGCAGAAGGCAGAGGCGCUGCCGAGCCCCGCGGCGCCGCGGCCGCCCAAGUCGCAGCGGCCACCGACGAGUGCGGCAGACCUGGAGGCCUUGUGGCAGACUGGGGCGUUGAGCUUGACGCGCGCUGAGCUUCCAGGCAAAGCCAAGCCGGCGUCCCACACCGACGCCUCACACGGGAAGGGCGUCAACCUUGAAGAGGUCAUCCUCAACCUCUUGAAGCCUCUCCCCCUGGAGAAGCAGCAAAGCUUGGUGAGCGAGAAGAUGCUCGCAGAGGCGCGCUCGGUCGUGGUGCAGUGGCGCGGCGACGUGGCACUGCUGCCGCGGGGCGGCGCCUUAGGCUCCGAGUGGGAUGCCUUGGCCGACCUGAAGGCGCUUCCCGCUGGCCUGUGGGAAUCCAUGCGGGAUGCCUUGGGCGCUCGCCUGCUGGCACGGCAACAGGAGAUCCGUGUCGACGAUGAGGUGCGUGGAGGAAAUGUCCAGGUUUUAGCAGGCAGCGGUAGCCCCUGGGUCGUGGUGCCAGGGCCCCGCGGCGUCCGCUACAGCUUUGACAUCACGAAAUGUAUGUUCUCCGAGGGCAACGCAGCCGAGAAAGAACGCGUCGCAGCUUGGCCAGUCCAGGGCGAAACCAUUCUGGACAUGUACGCAGGUAUUGGUUUUUGGACUCUUCCCUUGUUGGCCGCUGGUGCUGAGCACGUCUUCGCGUGCGAGUGGAACCCUCACGCGCUGGAAGGCCUCCGAGAAGGUUUGCGUCUCCUGGGCGCUCCGGGUUCCUGUGAGGUCCUUGCUGGGGACAACCGCCGAGACGAGGUCUGCCCCGAAAUCUGGGUCGGAACGGCCGGAGCAGGCAAGAAGUGGUCUCUUGUGGAGCCGGAUUUGAAGCCCGCCUACUACCAGAUCUGUGCGCAUGAGGGCGUGGAAAAAGCGACUGCCUGGCUCAAUCAAGCAAAAGCGAAGAAAGCCGGGAGGAACGAUGCCAUGAAAGACCUGGCAGCUGCGCUCAAGAAGGAGGAGGAAGCAACCGCCAAAAAGGCGGAACUGCACACGCUCAAGGGCAUCAAGGCGGCAGAGUGCAAGAAGCACCUGGAGAACUCACCCCAUGCUCAUUUGGUGAAAAAGGCCAAGUUCUGCGCCAGUCCAGCGGCCUAUCCUCAUGGGGAUCCAUGCCCUGAGUGCGAGAAGCAUGGGCGAGAAGGAAAAAUCGAGCAAAAGGUCAGCAAAGAUGGAAAGCCAUAUGCCGCAUGUUCCACGUUCACUCCAGCUCGUUGGGGAGGUGAAGACGCUGGUCGCCGGGAAGUGUCAUCGGGUCGUGAUCCUCAGACCCGGGACCGGCUCUCGACCGAGCCUCCGGCUGACCGGUUGGCAGUCCGCAGGUGUCCGACAGAUUGGCAGUCCGUACCAUUUAGGUAG